ACCUGAAGGAAAAACAGAAAACAGAGAUCUUCCUUUUUCUCGUCUAUAACGAAAAUCUUGAUGUUGUGCAAUUUUAAUUUGAUUGUUUUCUGAAAAGAAAUGAAUUCUCUCUCUACAUCUGCUUCGUCUAACUCUUCCGUAUCUUCUUCCACUUCUUGGUUUUCCGGCAUUGUUAGGGGCCGCCUAGACAAGUCCUCUUCCCUAAAGAUGGCUGGCAGCUCCUCCUCAGGUGGCGGCCUUGCCUCCAAUAACGAAGGACCCAUCAAGGGUAAGAACCAGUUCCGUGGUGUGCUCUUCAAGUAUGGGCCUAAGUCCAUCCAGGUUGCAUUCAAAACUGGUGACUAUAAGCAACAAGUUAUUUUCAUUGGUGGACUGACUGAUGGAUUUCUAGCAACUGAUUACUUGGAACCUCUUGCAGUUGCUUUGGAUAAUGAAAAAUGGUCACUUGUUCAACUACUUAUGUCAUCCUCAUACUCUGGAUAUGGAACCUCCAGCUUGGAACAAGAUGCCAUGGAGAUCGAUCAGCUUAUUAGUUACUUAAUCAACAAAGAAAAUUCUGAGGGUGUGGUCCUUCUUGGUCAUAGCACUGGCUGUCAGGAUAUUGUGCAUUACAUGCGCACAAAUGCAGCUUGUUCCCGAGCAGUCCGUGCUGCCAUUUUGCAGGCUCCAGUUAGUGAUCGAGAAUACAGGGCAACUCUUCCUGAAACAGCUGCUAUGAUUGACUUGGCUACAAGCAUGAUAAAGGAAGGUCUGGGUUCAGACUUAAUGCCUAAGGAAGCAGAUCCAUCCCCUAUAACUGCCUAUAGAUAUAACUCCCUUUGUGCCUACAUGGGGGAUGAUGACAUGUUCAGUUCAGACCUUAAUGAGCACCAGCUUAGAAUGAGACUUGGACACAUGUCUAGCACUCCUUGCCAGGUUAUCUUUUCCAUGGAUGAUGAAUAUGUGCCAGAGUAUGUUGAUAAGAAAGCCUUGGUUGAAAGAUUUUGCAGAGCUAUGGGCGGUGCAGAAAAAGUUGAAAUAGAGUACGGGAAUCACUCCCUCUCUAACCGAGUCCAAGAAGCUGUGCAGGCCAUUAUUGAUUUUGUUAAAAGAGAAGGACCCAAAGGCUGGGAUGACCCAUGGAGCUAAUGCUCUGAUAUUCUCUUAGCCCUUUGUUUUUAUUUUUUCCCUCUUAUUCUCUCCUUCCUGUAUCAUGCUCAGUGAUUUUGAUUAUUCAUAAUAUAUUUAACAAAAGUGUUGGGUGAAUUUCAUCUGAAAGAAGUUUUAUAUUUGUAUGGAUAACGUUAUAUUGUUUAGAGGCUGGCUUUUAUUUCA